AUGAAAACGCGUUGGAAUCCGAAGGAGACUGUGGGGAAGCCGGAAAACAACUCCGGCAAUGAUGGGUUAACUGAGUUGGUAGACACCGGUGGAAACACCGCGGAUGUUAUCAUCGUUGGUGCCGGUGUUGCUGGUGCUGCUCUUGCUUAUACUCUUGCAAAAGACGGACGUCGAGUGCACGUUCUUGAACGGGACUUGGCCGAGCCAGAUCGAAUUGUAGGUGAAGUUCUACAUCCAGGAGGCUAUAUGAAGUUGAUGGAGUUAGGACUCGAGGAUUGUGUCGAGGGAAUUGAGGCUCAACGAGUUUCUGGUUAUGCCUUUUAUCUUAACGGAAAAACCAUUAGACUCGAUUACCCUUUGGGGAAAUUCGACUCCAAUGUAUCCGGAAAGAGUUUUCACAAUGGUCGUUUUAUUCAACGGAUGAGGAGCAAAGCUUCAUUUCUUCCAAAUGUAAAACUAGAACAAGGGACUGUAACUUCAUUGCUUAAGACACAAGGAACUGUGCAUGGAGUUCAUUACCGAACUAAAGGUGGCCAUGCAAUGACUGCAUACGCACCUCUCACCAUCGUUUGUGAUGGUUGUUUUUCGAAUCUCCGUCGCGAACUCUGCAAUCCGAAGAUAGAAGUGCCUUCGUGUUUCGUCGCUCUAGUGCUGGAAAACGUCGAUCUUCCGUAUGCAAACCACGGACACGCUAUCAUUGCCGACCCUUCACCCGUUUUGUUCUAUUCGAUUAGUAACACAAAGAUUCGUUGUUUGGUGGACGUUCCCGGAGAAAAAGUUCCUUCCAUUUCGAAUGGCGAGAUGACCAAGUAUCUGAAAACCGUCGUGGCUCCACAGAUUCCACAUGAGUUAUAUAAUGCUUUCAUAGCAGCAGUUGAUAAAGGAAACAUAAGAACAAUGCCAAAUAAAACCAUGCCAGCUGAAUCAAAGACCACUCAAGGUGCACUUCUACUCGGAGACGCGUUGAAUAUGCGACAUCCGCUAACGGGAGGCGGAAUGACCGCCGCUUUAACGGAUAUUGUCCUGCUUCGUGACCUUCUUAGACCGUUACAUGAUCUAAACGAUGCGUAUAAACAUCUUCAACGCUUCUAUACCCUCCGAAAGCCGAUGUCAUUUACAUUAAACACGGUUGCAGGUGUUGGCUAUAAGAUGUUUUGUGCAUCAUCGGACCUUGUUAGCCGGGAAUUGCGUAGCGCUUGCUUUAGUUACUUGACACUUGGACAUUGGUUCACCGAUGGACUAAUGGCUAUAUUUUCCGGGCUUGACCAACGCCCGGUGGCCCUUUUUCUUCAAGGUACCAUGAUGGGUGCGUACAUCGUUGGCCGGUUGCUUAUGCCAUUCCCUUCUCCAAAACGGUUAUGGCUCGCGGCCAAACUAAUCCCGGUUGCCAUUGGAGUUAUCUUUCCGGUUAUCAAAUCUGAAGGGAUUAUGCAAGUCAUUUUCUUCCCUACAAAAGUUCCGACAUAG